CUUAGAGACUAAGGUACGUACGGACAGUACGUACUCGUAGUCAGGGGUCAUACAGUAAAGUGUAAAGUCAUAACCCCUGUUCGUAGUACCGUAUGAUACGAUAGGGUACGAUAUGGUACACUACGUACGUGCCGUACUACCGAGGCGAGGCAAGGCAACGUGAAAAAAAUGGAUUACAGAUCCUGUAGUUCAUCUCGUACAAAUGCGAGUUCGUAAUUGGUUGUAUUACCUCAUACUACGUACUAUCUUGUACUACAGUAACUCGUACUUCCUCUCCUGGUACUUUGGUACUUCCUUCCUCGGACUCAUGAUACGUAUGACUAGUAACUAAUAGUACUGUUACUACGUACCGUACGUUUAAAAUACAACACCUCAAAAUUCAAUACCGUGCCUCACCGUAUCAAUCGAUGAAGAAGCCGAAAACUCAAAGCUUGGCUUUUCUCCCAAUGAUUUUGCCGUUGCGUGAAAGGUUGAUCACAUAUUCCUUGUGCUCGGAAAAACGAUGAUCUCUCGAAGCCUUUUGCUGCUCGUGGUGACAGCCUUGUUGGCAACCACCCACGGACAAGACUAUCAAGACCAUUACGAACAAGAUUAUUCACAAGACGGACUCUACGCAGAUUACGCCAGGCAACAGCAAGCUAAGGAAGUCGCAGGGAAAGCGUGAGUAAUAUAUGGUUCCACGUGGCAUAUAGUUCGUGUUGUUGCCCUUUGGCCCUCUAGGUUUUGCAAAGGAAGACGCCAAAUAGACCGGGCGGGUUUGUUUCCAUGGCAUCAUAUGUCAUGCGGCAUAGUACAGGGUCCGAUGACUCGCAGGGAUGGGUCAAUUGUACCGCAUCAUCCGUUGCCAAUGUCCGCGAAAUCAUUUUUUGUCCGUCGGAUAGGGAAGGAGCGAGAACACCAGUGAAAGCGGAUGAAUCGGGAGUGGCCAUGCUCUAUCAAAAGGUGGCAGCGAUAUGCUUGUUUUCGAUAUUUUUGGAAGGAUCGACCCAUAGUUGCUGGUUCGCAUGCUCCAUAAUCCACUGCCUCCUUGCUUUCCGUCUUUGCAAUCUCACGAAACAUCGUUUCUCUCGACGCACUUCUUUCGUGGAUUCGACCCGGCGGUCGAUGGCGCUAUCCAACCUCACACAACAACUCAAUGGCAUGACGCGCUGCGCAUAGACCCUUUGGAUGGGGAAAGAUUUUGAUCGGAACGGGGCUCGGAUGGAUCAUGGGAGGAAAGAUCCACGCGCAACGAAAAGAGAAAAAGCUUAACGCCCUACACAAGAAGGAGCAAAAGGCCCUCUACAGCCAAUAUUAUAACGAUGUCUAUCAAUUGCAACAAAAGAAUGCGGAAAUGGUGGAUACGUUAAAUCAGCUGGGAUACCGCGUGAAAUAAAAAAAAUCAAUUAUACCACGAGAC